GAAAUUAAAACAAAAGAGGUUCUGCCUUUUUCUUUAUGCACAAACUCCCAAUUGCAUCACAUACACAUUGAGAUAUAUUCUGCUUCUUCUCUGUGCUGAAACAUUCCUAUUUUUAUCACACUUAAUUAUGGCUUAUGCUGCUAUUACUUCUCUUAUGAACACCAUACAACAAUCAAUGCAACUUACUGGACGUAAUUUGCAAUCGUUCUAUGAGAAGCUUCAAUCCUUGAGAUCUAUUAUGGAGAAACCCUGUAAUAUAACAACAGAGGAUAUUGAAGCACUGACAAGCUUGGAAGCUGAAAUCGUAGAGGUAGCAUUCAGCGCAGAAGUUAAGGUUGACUCGAGAUCAAUAAAAGUUCUUUAUUCAAAAACAACAACUUUACGGAGCAACGCUUUAUGGAAACUCUGUUGUUGCUUGGAAAAAGCGGUAGAACGCAUUGAUUCCAUCAUGAAGCAGUGGAUGGCGAUACGGGACUGGUACACUAACAUCAAAGGUUUGAAAGCACAAAAGUUUUCUCUAGCCAGUAUACCUGAACGUGCUGUAGAGCCCGAGAAUAUUAUGGUUGGCCAUGAAAGUGAGUUCGAGAUGAUGCAGGAUCGACUUGCAAGAGGAUCAAGUGAACUAGAAGUUGUCUCCAUUACAGGGAUGGGUGGCAUCGGUAAGACAACUUUAGCUAACAAGCUUUACUCUGAUCCAUUCAUUAUGUCUCGCUUUGAUAUUCGUGCAAAAGUUACUAUUUCACAAGAGUAUUGCAAGAGAAAUGUACUACUAGGACUUCUUUCUCCUAUAAGUGGAAGGACUAAUGAAUAUUUCGAGCAAGAUGAUGGCCAACUAGCAGACCAACUGCAAAAGCUUCUAAAAGGCAGGAGAUACUUUAUCCUCAUUGAUGACAUAUGGACUUCAGAAGCUUGGGAUGAUAUAAAGUUAUGUUUCCCGGAAUACACCAAUGGAAGCCGAAUACUCUUAACCACUCGGAAUGUGGAAGUAGCUAAAUAUGCUAGCUCAGGUAAUCCUCCUUGUCAGAUGCGCCUUUUAGAUUUUAAUGAAAGUUGGGAUUUACUGCACAAAAAGGUCUUUGAGAAAGAUUGUUUCUCUCUUGAAUUUGAAAAAAUUGGAAAAGAAAUUGCAUCAAAAUGCGGAGGAUUACCUCUAGCAAUUACUGUGAUUGCUGGACUUCUCUCCAAAAUUGGUAAAGCAUUGGAUGAGUGGCAAAGUGUUGCCGAGAAAGUAAGUUCAAUGGUAAGCACUGAUGUUGACGUCCAAUGCAUGAGAGUGCUUGCUUUGAGUUACCAUCACUUGCUACAUCACCUAAAAGCAUGUUUUCUGUAUUUUGCAAUCUUCCCGGAGGAUGCUGAGAUUUAUGUCGAUGAACUCUUGGAUUUAUGGGCAGCGGAGGGAUUUUUGAAGUUAGAGGAGAUGAAAAGCAUAGAAGAAGUGGCAGAAAAAUGUCUAAAGGAUCUAAUAGAUAGAAGUUUAAUUUCCAUCCACUAUGUGACAGGUGAUGGACGUGUCAAGUUUUGUAGAAUACAUGAUGUGAUCCGUGAACUCUGCUUGAAGGAAGCUCGAAACAUGAAUAUUGUGACUUUUAUUGGAGAAAAGAAUGAUGAAAAUCCAUGUGCACUAUCCAUGCAUUUUUCUUCAAAUAGUCGAGGUCGGACCAGUACCCAAUUGAACUACCGUAUUAUUGUGAAUAAAUUGGCUAGAUGUCCUAAUAAUGAGGCUCGUUCCAUUUUCUUUUUCAAUAGUAUGUCAGGGUUCAUGUCAGAGUUGUUGCCUUUCAAGCUAGUAAGAGUACUAGAUCUUGCUUUAAUGAACUUUAUUGUUUUUCCCAGUGGGAUACUUGAUCUAAUUCACUUGAGAUACCUAGCUUUGCGUCUUUCUCCUACCGUGCAUUACUAUCUAGGAAAAGAGACUCCCUCAUCAAUAGAUAUUCCUUCUUCCAUAUCUAGACUAUGUUAUUUGGAAACUUUUUUUCUUGGUCAGCCACAUGACGAGGCCCCACGACAUCCUCUAAUAGUACCAUCCGAAAUUUUGACUAUGCCACAACUGAGGCACCUCCGUUUGGGCUGGAAUUACUUACAUUAUCAUGAGCUUACAGAGAACAGCUUGGUUCUGAAAAAUUUGAAACGUCUCUCACAUUGGAAUCCUUGGUAUUGUACUGGAUCUUUCUUCAGACUAUUUCCCAAUUUAAAGAAGUUGCAAAUAUGGGGUGUUGAAGAAGACUUUCGUAGUCGCAAGGACCUCUAUGAUUUUCGCUGCUUAGAUCAACUCGAGGAAUUGGAAUUUUAUAUGUCUCAUCUAAAUUAUCAUUCCUGCUUUCUAGAAAGCAUUACACCUUCAGGUGCUACUCCACAAGAUCCUCUGAGGUUUCUGAAAAUACCAGGUCCAACUCCUACACAUGCUGUUCCACCUGCUCCAGAUGCUGUUCCACCUUUGCUCCUACCUCCUCCGGAUGCUUUUCCACAAAAUCUGAAGACAUUAACUCUUUAUAAGACUUGUUUGUGGUGGAAGGACUUGAGCAUUGUUGGUAAAUUACCCAAACUCGAGGUACUUAAAUUAAUAGGUGAUGCCUGUAAAGACAAAGAGUGGGAAGUAGCGGACCACGGUUUUCCUCGGUUGAAGUUCUUGUACCUUGAAGAAGUGGAUUUUCAGUACUGGAGAGCUAGUUGUCAUCACUUUCCCUGCCUUGAACGAUUAGUUAUUGGAGGUUGUUAUUCAUUGGAUUCAAUCCCUCGAGAUUUUGCAGAUAUAACCACACUCGCUCAUAUUGUUGUAUGGAGUUGUGCAGAAUCUGUUGGGAAUUCUGCCAAGCAAAUUCAACAGGACAUGCUAGACAACUAUGGUAGUUCCUCCCUUGUGGUCAAUAUAGGGUCCGUGUUCAAGCCUAACGAGCAAGAGGAAGAGGAAGACGAUGAAGAAGAAGAAACAUAUUGAUCAGAUUGAGGAAUUGAAAUAUCAAAUGAAAAUGUCAUUGGUACAGUUGCUUUGAUCUUUCCCUAUUAUGCAAUCAUUUUUUGUUUAAAUGAAAAAUACUUUUUGUAAUCCAAACUACACAUUUCAUAAGUAAGUGUUAAGUUUUUUUAAAAAAAAUUGUUUCCUCUAAAUUAUUACAACAGUAAAAAUCUGCUACAACAUGUAACUCUUUAUAGCAAGCUGAAUACAGUAACCUUGAUAAUAGAACAAUAACCUUCUUUAAUAAGUUAAAUUGCAUUAAUAUUGUAAAAAUUCUUUAUGCCGUCAUUGUAUCUAUUCAAAUCCGUCCAAUAAUGUGUAGGUUCAUUUACCUACAUGCUCUUUCUUGCAAUAAUUUUCUUUCGUUCCUUAAUUUAGGGAAUUCUAUUUUUUUUUAAAUUUUCUGCAAAAAUAGGUGAUGACCUUAAGGUGCUCCACUGAUUAGCCAAUUCUAUGAAAGAAAUGUCAAUUCAUAACUUAAUUGUAUAUGAUUUUGAGUAUAGCCUUCUGUUAAUGUUUUUUUAAAUGCUCCAAAUUUUAUGUACAUAUUUAUAAGAUAAAUAGCGUUUUUUGCCUCAGCGCAGACAAAGUUAGAUCAUCUAGUCGUCCAAUAGAACUAUACAUGGCACUCCAGAACAUCCAUACUUUGCAUCAACAUAUCAUUAUAAAAAUAAAAUAAUAAAUAAAAAACUAAUUUCCCAAAAAUUAAAACAUAUUUUUAAAACGUCUAGUCUAGAAUACGAUAACUAUUUCAAAUUAUACAAAAAAGAAUGAGUAUAAUAUAAUCGAUUGUACAUUUGUACUACAUAGCUAUAAAAAGUCGAUAUUCUGUAUAUCACUUCUCUAAUCAAACUGAAAAUACAUUAACUAAGAGCAAGUGUGAUUAUAUCUACAAAAUCUUGGGGAAUUGAAUUCAAAUACCAGCAACCUUUGAGAAAUAGUUGACUCUUUCAAUUACUCACUCUCUUAACUAUUUUCUCCCUAACAAAUUUUAGCCAUUUUAUUGUGACGGUGGUGUCUGGAUCAACAAGUGCCACCUUGAGUAUUUUAUUGGAUCCUCCAAACACUCUUGUAUUUUAUUCUUUGAUCUCUUAUAUGUAAAAAAAUAAAAAUCUCUUAAAAGAUUUGACAUAAAUAAAACUAAAAAUAAUGUGAUAGAGUACAAAAUCAAUUGACUCACGCCAGUAACACAGGAUUACCCAUUUUUCCUCUAAGCUUCGUCAAAUAUUCACCAGACAACUACAAGCAGUAGCAGAGCUAUGUAUGGUUAAUGGAUUCAAGUGAGUUGGAAAAUUAUAUUGCUUUAGUGUAUUCUUAACAAUGCCCUUUAUAUUAAGAAAACUUUUAGUGUAUUGUUUCUCUAAUCCCCUUAUUCGAAUUUCUGAUUUCGCCACUACCUGCAACCUAGGAAUCAUUCACCAUAAUCAUCAUAUCAUAUCAUAUUUUAUACUAAAAGUGGGAAGCCCCCAAGUUAAAAGUUAAAUUACUAAAAUAUCCACAAAAAAUUAUUGGACUUUAAUACCCUUAGUAAAUAAAUAAUAAUUUCUUUUUAUACUCUUUAGUAGUAUAACUAUUCUUCCAAUAUAAACAUAAAUGUAUAAAAAGGUAAACAGACUCAUAAUAAAUAGCCUAAAUCAUGAUAAGGGCGUUUUGUCUCUUCAAUUUCUUGUCCUUAUUCUGCUCUUGAGAAUCAUCACCUAUUUGAAACUACUACAAUAAACAGAUCGAGCACUCCCAUAAUGAAUAUUAAUUGCUUGAUAAUAUUGCUAUGUCUUUUCCACUGCUCUUAAUGCUCCUUUGGAAUUCCAAACUAGAUUCAUUGAAAUGUUUGCUUUAUGGGAAUGUUCCAGAUGGAAUAGUAACAAUUAUGUUUGAUGCACAUUGUUAUAUAAAAAGACAAAACCCACUAAACCAUUAAAGGCAGAUCGAGCUACAACACAAAAAGGGAGGUUGACAUAUGCCAGAGUUCUGGUUGAGGUUAAGCCUUAUCACAAAUAUCCAGAUACAAUAAUGUUUGAGGAUGAGAAGGGCAGAAUAGUGGAGCGGGAGGUUUUCUAUGAAUGGAAACCUACUCUAUGUGGAAAGUGCAAGAACUUUGGGCAUGAAAUGAAUGAAUGCAGGAGGUUUAUCAAAGAAGAGAAAGAGAAGAAAACAAACAAGUAGGAACUACAAGAGCCAAAUACAGUACAGGAGAAGACUCAAGUGGAAAAGAAGGCUGUCAAUGUGAAGAAGAAAGGGGAACAAGAACAAAUAUAGCAAGAGAGUGGGCCAAUAAGCAAAGGUAAUAAGGGGACUGAGGUAGUACCCAUUGCAAAUGAAGUGGCAACUACAUCCAGAAAGUAGAAGACUGUAGUAAGAGGGAAAGCAGGGGAAAGAAAGCAACAUGAAGGUAUAAGAACUGGGAAUUCUUUUGCAACAUUAGGGGACCAUCAACAGGAGAAAAUAGAAGAGGAAAAUGGGAAGGUGAUGGAGAACAAGACAAAAAAGGGGAAAGGGAGUGAGAUGGCCCUUGGAAAUGGGCAGGAUUGGGGCAACCCCUCAUCCAAUGGAUAGAAUAGGUUUCUGAAACACCAAGGGAUUGAAUAAGCUACAUAAACAGAAUGAAAUGAAUUUGUUUAUGAACAAUCAAAAAGUUAGUCUAUUUGGUCUUCUGAAAACUAAGAUUAAGAGAGUUAAAGCACAACAAGCUGCUCUUAAUCUAUGUAGGGGGUGGUCUUUUACUAUAAACUUAGUAAAACAUCCAGCAGGAAGGAUUUGGAUUGUAUGGAAACCAGGAGUAUAUGAUGUCAAUAUAACAAAUAUAACUGAACAACUUAUUCACUAUAUGGUCGAUCAUAGAGGGACAGGGAACAAAUUCAAUGUUACAGUAGUGUAUGGGUUUAACAACCAAAGUAUGAGAAGGCAACUGUGGGAGGAUAUUAAAAGUAUACACCUACAGAACAGAGGGCCUUGGGCAAUAAUGGGGGACUUCAACUGCAUUUUGAGCACUGAAGAAAGAAUGGGAAUCAGGGUUACUAUAGCAGAAAUCAAAGAUUUUAAAAAAUGCAUGGAGGAAUGCUCUAUGCAAGAUAUGAGAUCUUCAAGAGCCUUUUAUACUUGGAGCAACCAACAACCAGGUGGAGCAGAGUAAUGAGCAGAAUAGGUAGAGUCCUCAUCAAUUUUGAAUGGAUGACAAAGUUGCCAGCAUCAGAAGUCCAUUACAUGCAACCAGGGCUCUUUGAUCGCUCCCCAAGCAUAAUAAACUGGGAGAGAGGGGGGCAGUAGAUAAAAAGGAGUUUCAAAUACUUCAAUAUAUGGAGCAUGGCAUGUGAUUUUAAAGAAAGAAUAAAAGAGAACUGGAAAACAGAUAGAAGGGGCACACAGAUAUACCAACUGGUGGGAAAACUACACAGAAUCAAGGGAACUUUGAAGAAGAUUAACAAGGAGAGAUUCAGUAACAUUGAAAAAAGAGCAGAGGAAGCAAUAAAUAGUCUGUAGCUAUGUCAAAGUAAGGUAUAGCAGGGCCCCCGGAAUGAAGCUUUGAUCAAUGAGGAAGUAAGAUUAAAUGAGGUAUGUAGUAGGUGGGAAAAGGCAAGGAACAUGUUCUUACAAUAAAAGGCUAAGACACAAUGGCUCAAUCAGGGUGACCAGAAUACUAAAUACUUCCAUGGCCUACUGAAAGCUAGGAGGAACUGCAACAAAAUUUUCCACAUCAAAAACAUGAAAGGGGAUGACAUUGAUGAUCCAGCAAAGAUUCCAGAUGCAUUCAUAAAAAUCUACACAGAAAUGAUGGGAAAGAGAAUGGUGGAAAGAGAUCAUGUAAAUAGCUAGAUCAUAAGACAAGGACCAAUAGUGCAAAGGAGCAAAGGAAUGAACUAGAAGCAGACUUCAUAGACACAGAGGUGAAUGAGGCUCUAUGGGCAAUUGCUGGGGAUAAAGCACCAGGUCCGGAUGGAUUUGGAAGCCAAUUCUAUAAGGACUGCUGAGAUGUUGUGGGUACAGAUGUAAAGAAGGGAGUACUGGAGUUCUUUAGAGAAGGCAAGAUGCUCAAAAUUGUCAAUAACACUGUGAUAACCCUUAUCCCCAAGGGCUUUCAUGCUGAGGCAGUUGGUGAUUAUAGACCUAUUGCCUGCUACAACACAAUUUAUAAAGUGAUUUCGAAGAUGCUUUGUAAUAGGCUCAAAAAGGUAUUACCAGGGGUAAUAUCUCCUAAUCAAAGUGCUUUUGUGGAAGGCAGGAACAUAGUGCAUAAUAUUCUGAUUUGCCAAGAUGAGGCUGUACAAGAGGAAGAAUACAACUAAAAGUUGUCUAAUCAAAGAAGACCUAAGGAAGACAUAUGAUACUGUGGAGUGGGGGUUUGUGGAAGAAAUAUUGCAUUCUCUUAACUUUCCUCAAAAGUUCAUAAAAUGGGUGAUGGCUUGCAUCACAUCUACCCAGUAUACAAUAGCAGUGAAUGAUGGACUAUAUGGGAACAUUAUGGGCAAACGAGGACUAAGGCAAGGGGACCCAAUAUCACCCCUACUAUUUGUCAUUUGCAUGGAAUAUCUCUCAAGAAUAAUGAAAUGGAUUUCUGAACAAAAAGGGUUCCAAUUUCAUACUAAAUGUAGAGGGCUCAAGCUAAACCACUUAUGUUUUGCAGAUGAUGUAUUAUUCUUCUGCAAAGGGGAAUGGCAAUCAGUGGAAAUGAUCCUAAGGGGGCUGGAAAUAUUCUUAAGAGCAUCAGGUUUACAUACCAGUGCAGCUAAGUCAAACAUUUACAGUGCAAAAAUGGAGGAACAAUGCAUUCAGGACAUAUAUGAGCUCAGAUGAUACCAAAGAGGAGCUUUACCAUUUAGGUACUUGGGAGUACCAAUAUCUGCUAAGAAGCUCUCAACAACAGAUUGUGAAAUGCUAGUAGAGAAGAUGGCUACCAAGUUCGAACUUGGAGUUCAAGGAAUAUUUCAUAUACUGGAAGGGUGAUGUUAGUGAACUCAGUAUUGAUGCACAUAUACUCAUAUUGGGCCUCAAUCUUUAUAAUCCCCAAAAAGGUCUUAAAAAGUAUAAUAGGUAUUUGCAGAAGCUUCCUAUGGGAUGGAAAAGGAAACUCAACCAAAAUGACGCUGGUAGCAUGUGACACAGUGUAUAAGCCUAAACAAUAAGGUGGAUUGGGGAUAAAGGAUUGUACAACAUGGAAUGAAGCAGCAAUGGUGAAAUAUGUUUGGAAUAUAGCAAACAAAGAGGAUAACCCUGGGGUGAAAUGGGUUAAUCAUGUAUAUAUAAAAGAUCAGGAUUGAUGGCAGUAUGAACGACCAAUUGACAGUUGCUGGUAUUGGAAGAAAAUCUGUGCAAGCAGAGAUAAAUUUGCAGCUGAUUUUGUGAAUAAUGGAUGGCUAAAACAGGGAGGAAAGUACACUGUAAAGAGUGGAUACCAUUGGUAGAAAGGAGAGGAAGAGGAAAAAUCAUGGUAUCAAGGGGUAUGGGGUCGGAUGAAUGUACCAAAACAUAGCUUUACUAGCUGGCUUGCCAUGCAUAGGAAGCUAUUGACUAAGGAUCGAUUGCUAAAGUUGAAGAUAAGUCAAGAUAGUGAUUGUAUGAUAUGUGGAAGCCAAAGGGAAACAGUGGAGCACCUAUUAUUUGAGUGCAAACUUUCAGAGGAGUGCCUAAAAAGACUGUUGAUAUGGAUGCAGAAAGGAAUAAUAAAAUAUGACCUAAAGGGUAUAUGGAGAAGAAUACCUCGGGGAAUACAGGGGAAGAAAUGUAGAGAGUUUGCCACAGCAGUGAUUGCAUCACUAAUAUACAAGAUAUGGUGGGCUAGGAAUGAAGUGUUAUGGAAUCAAUGGGUACCUACACCAAGAAGUAUAUGUGCACAAAUACAGCAAGAAUGUAAGGCUAGAAUAGUACCUAUGUUAAACAAAAAAUGUAGUAGAAAGGAGAGAGAUUGGAUAGAUCAAUUGUAUAGGAAAUGUUGAAAAUACAGGGAAGGGAAGUAUAGGAAAGAUAUAGAAAGAUAGAGGAGGAUACGGGAGAAUGAGGGGAAUAUUGUAAAGAGUUGUUUAUUUGUGAAUAAAAUCUUUCUGUUUCACAAAAAAAAACCCACUAAACCUGAAAU